AUGAAGACUUAUUCUAUAUUUUCAUCUGGAGGUAGUGAGUGGAAAGAACUACAUGGCGAAGACGCUGUUUUCUUAUCCGAACAACCAACUAUUCGUUGGGUGAUAUUCUAUCCUCUAUCUGGAGGAAAGCUCGUCCCAACUUCGGAGGUAUUAGGAGAGUGUCCGAGAUCCAGUACUUGCAUCACGUUUGCUGCACAAUUCCGCAAGCGUAAUGACACAGCAUUUUGCAGACAGGACUAUCCAGUAGAAGUAGAAGCGGAAAUCACCUUUUCCGAGAGGAAGAAAUCCGUAAAAGACCAAUUGUUCAACGACUGCGAGCAAUAUGUCUACAACGGCGUAAUAAGUGAUCACCUUGGGAAGGUUGAGGAUUUGCUAUCUGUUUCAAUCGCAGCUCAGCGAUUUGGUCCUGCUUCCUCACAUGAAAGAAAUCAAAGCUUCAAACAUCCGCUAUGUAAACAAGAACUUCUACACUUGCGAGCAAUUGAUUGGCAAGUUCCUAUCUACGUGGAUAUGGCCCGCAUGCUCCCGGAUGUGAACACCAGGUCCGAGCACACCAAUAUGUAUGGUGUUACAAAACUUAAAAAAAGCAUUCGGAAACAUCUCACCAUUCGUUGGGACCGCCAAAUAUUUAAGCUGAAUGGAUAUCCCCCUGGUCCUCAACUGUUGAAUCAUCCCUGUUCUCCUGCGAAUGCAACGUGGUCAAUGUUGCCUGAGCGGAUCCGCGUGCCAGAUGCACCAUGUGUUCCACACUCAACUGGCAAGUUGCUGUUGCCAACCGCUCGAAUCGGCUCCUUUCUGCUGUUAGACACUGGAGAUAUCAUCGAUUGUUCCUCUAGGGGGCCUGUCCGUUAG